UGGUUAAAUCCUUCCAGUCUUACGUUGAUCCAGAAGUUCAAGGUUCCUCUAGUCUCAAAGACGAUGAAGACGUUUCUCUUCCUCUUGAAGAACACACCCUGUCCUGUAACCUGGGGAUACAACUGGUGGUUGUCUGUGCUAAGUCGGAUUGUUUUGUUCAGUUGGAGAAGAAUGAGAAGUAUCAGGAUGAACACUUUGACUUCCUUCAGCAGCACAUCAGGAAAUUCUGUUUAAACUAUGGUGCUGCUCUGGUCUAUGUAUCAACAAAAGAUAAUAAGAACAUUGAUAUUCUUCACAAGUAUCUGAUACACAAAGCAUACGGGCUCAAGUUUAAAGUACCAGCUUACACUGUGGAGAGAGAUGCUGUUUUCAUUCCUGCAGGGUGGGACAGUAGUAAGAGAAUUGCUGUACUUUGUGAACAAAUAAAACACUUUAAUUCAAGAGAGCCGCUCAAUAAUAUCAUAAAAUCACCACCACUCACCACCACUACGUCACAGCAAAGUGAGAACAUCAGUUCAGAAGAUGAUCAAGUGUUACUACUAGCACAACAG